AUGCAUAAACUCACCGACAAAUCCGACGUAUACUCAUUUGGUGUGGUUCUAUUCGAAAUACUCUGUGCUCGCCCGACUUUGAACCCGACACUUGCUAAGGAGCAAGUCAGUCUAGCUAAGUGGGCAUAUCAUUGCUACAAAAAAGGAAACCUUGACCAAAUAACAGAUCCUUAUCUAAAAGGCAAGAUAGCUCCAGAAUGUCUCAAGAAGUUUGCCGAGACCGCAAUGAAGUGUGUGAACGACCAAGGCAUUGAAAGGCCAUCCAUGGGCGAUGUGUUGUGGAACCUGGAAUUUGCUUUGCAGUUUCAAGAAAGCGCGGAGGGGAGUGGCAGCGGUUUUGGCGGAAUAUGCGGUGAAGAUGAGCCAUUGUUUACAUAUUCAAAAGGAAAGAAGGACAUGGAGGCGAUGCCGGGUUAUGAUGGAAAUCAACCUACUGAACAUGCUGUUCUUGCUACGAUUUUAACUUUGUGGUUAGCAGACAAAUCUGGUCGUCGGCUUUUACUUAUUGUUUCUUCAUCUGCAAUGGCUUUGAGUCUUUUGGUUGUUUCAAUAUCAUUCUACUUGAAGGAAUAUAUAUCACCAGAUUCUGAUUUAUAUGCGACAUUGAGUCUCGUAUUGGUGGCUGGAGUUGUGGUCAUGGUUAUUGCAUUCUCUCUGGGAUUAGGAGCAAUGCCAUGGAUUAUAAUGUCUGAGAUUCUUCCGAUUAACAUCAAAGGCCUAGCUGGAAGUUUUGCAACACUUGCCAAUUGGUUCUUUUCCUGGUUGGUUACAUUAACAGCAAAUUUGCUCUUGGAUUGGAGUUCGGGAGGUUUUUCUGAUUCUGAUUUUGCUGGUUAUAAAUCAGAUAGGAAAAUAAGAAGCAGUAUAUUGUUGCUCUUUCUACUAUUGAGGUUGAAUAUUUAG